GUGUGUGUGUGUGUGUGUGUGUGUGUGUGUGUGUUGGCCUUUGUGAUUUAUGAGGACAUUUCGUAUGAAUACACGCCACAUUAUGAGGACAUUUUGAAUUAUGAGGACAUGGCCGGUGUCCUCAUAAUUCGGGCAAUGUAGAAGUGCUCCAGUAGCUAGGGGGAGCUGAAAUCCAAAAUUUCUCCACAUGUCUUUAUAAUUCACAUAAACCUGAAUUUGUGUAUGACGUGUGUAUCGGAAGUGCGCCUCUGUAGCCGGGACUUGGUACUGCGCCUCCUCAUUAAUUAUUAAUACGUGUGUAUGAAAUCGCGGCUUCUGAUUGGCUGACCGCCGGAAGUCCUCAUAAUGUCGGAAUUUGUCAAACUCAAGCCAUGUUAACACAGUUCUACAACAAAGACGGUAUAGGAAAAUAUAUAAUUUUAAGUAUAAAAUAAUAGCCACGUAUUACAUUUACUAAAUUAUAUAUAAAAAGCACUGCAAACUGAACCCUCUAAUCCCACCUGACCGAAGCCUUUUCUCUGUGGAUGUCUGACGACGACGUCAUCUCUCAUCGCCCGUAAGAUAACUUCAGAGAAGAACCUGCCUCACUCGUCUGUGGAGAUGGGAGUAAAACAUCACUGAUGAUAACUUCAGAGAGUGAAGAACCUGCCUCACUCGUCUGUGGAGAUGGGAGUAAAACAUCACUGAUGAUAACUUCAGAGAGUGAAGAACCUGCCUCACUCGUCUGUGGAGAUGGGAGUAAAACAUCACUGAUGAUAACUUCAGAGACUGAAGAACCUGCCUCACUCGUCUGUGGAGAUGGGAGUAAAACAUCACUGAUGAUAACUUCAGAGAAUGAAGAACCUGCCUCACUCGUCUGUGGAGAUGGGAGUAAAACAUCACUGAUGAUAACUUCAGAGACUGAAGAACCUGCCUCACUCGUCUGUGGAGAUGGGAGUAAAACAUCACUGAUGAUAACUUCAGAGAGUGAAGAACCUGCCUCACUCGUCUGUGGAGAUGGGAGUAAAACAUCACUGAUGAUAACUUCAGAGAAUGAAGAACCUGCCUCACUCGUCUGUGGAGAUGGGAGUAAAACAUCACUGAUGAUAACUUCAGAGAGUGAAGAACCUGCCUCACUCGUCUGUGGAGAUGGGAGUAAAACAUCACUGAUGAUAACUUCAGAGAGUGAAGAACCUGCCUCACUCGUCUGUGGAGAUGGGAGUAAAACAUCACUGAUGAUAACUUCAGAGACUGAAGAACCUGCCUCACUCGUCUGUGGAGAUGGGAGUAAAACAUCACUGAUGAUAACUUCAGAGACUGAAGAACCUGCCUCACUCGUCUGUGGAGAUGGGAGUAAAACAUCACUGAUGAUAACUUCAGAGAGUGAAGAACCUGCCUCACUCGUCUGUGGAGAUGGGAGUAAAACAUCACUGAUGAUAACUUCAGAGACUGAAGAACCUGCCUCACUCGUCUGUGGAGAUGGGAGUAAAACAUCACUGAUGAUAACUUCAGAGACUGAAGAACCUGCCUCACUCGUCUGUGGAGAUGGGAGUAAAACAUCACUGAUGAUAACUUCAGAGAAUGAAGAACCUGCCUCACUCGUCUGUGGAGAUGGGAGUAAAACAUCACUGAUGAUAACUUCAGAGAAUGAAGAACCUGCCUUACUCGUCUGUGGAGAUGGGAGUAAAACAUCACUGAUGAUAACUUCAGAGAAUGAAGAACCUGCCUCACUCGUCUGUGGAGAUGGGAGUAAAACAUCACUGAUGAUAACUUCAGAGAAUGAAGAACCUGCCUCACUCGUCUGUGGAGAUGGGAGUAAAACAUCACUGAUGAUAACUUCAGAGAGUGAAGAACCUGCCUCACUCGUCUGUGGAGAUGGGAGUAAAACAUCACUGAUGAUAACUUCAGAGACUGAAGAACCUGCCUCACUCGUCUGUGGAGAUGGGAGUAAAACAUCACUGAUGAUAACUUCAGAGAGUGAAGAACCUGCCUCACUCGUCUGUGGAGAUGGGAGUAAAACAUCACUGAUGAUAACUUCAGAGACUGAAGAACCUGCCUCACUCGUCUGUGGAGAUGGGAGUAAAACAUCACUGAUGAUAACUUCAGAGAAUGAAGAACCUGCCUCACUCGUCUGUGGAGAUGGGAGUAAAACAUCACUGAUGAUAACUUCAGAGAAUGAAGAACCUGCCUCACUCGUCUGUGGAGAUGGGAGUAAAACAUCACUGAUGAUAACUUCAGAAAAUGAAGAACCUGCCUCACUCGUCUGUGGAGAUGGGAGUAAAACAUCACUGAUGGUAAUUGUGAAGUUUACAAAAAAAUAAAUAAAAAGAAGAAGAAGUGGAGCAGUAGGGAAGAUCAUUGACAAGCUGUCAUUCCUGAAAAUCCUGCUGAAAAGGAUGCCAGAAGGAAACAAAAACAGCAAUGGUCAGAGAAGAGAAAGAGACAGGAACAAAACAUUUAGUGUUUUGAUGGUGUAGUUUUUUUUUUUUUUUUUGGUUUUAUAUGUAUGAGCAAGGUUAUACAUUGUUUAGUGAUAUGAUAUAAUAUGCUUUGUUCAAGGUUAUCAAAGGUAAAGGGUAAAGUGCUUUACCUCAACGCAUUUUUUUUUUUUUGUAUAUGAAAAAGCACACAUUAAAAUUUGCUUCUUGUUC